AUGGCUAUCAAGUGGAGCCUGGUUGUUUUCGCACUGCUCGGAUGCUGUUCAUCUCCGAGCGUGGCUACGUCACAAUUGAUGUUCAAGGGUGCUGCGAUCGAUAGCUCACGUGCGUCAACAUCACGAAACACGCCUGAUGACAUCGCCUUAUUAAAGCGGCACCUGAGGUCCAACGUGGCUAUGGCAACGGAAGUUGACUCUCCGCUAAUUGAGGCUGCAACGAGUAUCUCCUUGUGGGAACGCUUGAAACAGAAGUUAUUUGGGAAAGAAAUAUCGAUGCAGACAGAUACGUUGCGCCCGCCAAGUAAAAAAAUGGUAAAAAAAUAUUUUGCCAAGUUUAAGUUAAAGAAGAAGACCCUUGAUGAUCUGUUUGAAAGCCCUGCGUUUGUUAGUUGGGUCCAAAAGGUCCGGUCAAAAUUAAUUCAUUUUGACAACGUAGCGAACAGACUCAUUUUCUUAUUCUUGAAGAACAAGUAUAAUGCAUUAGACGUUACGCUAAAGUUGGACAAUAUAAUUAAAGGCAAGAAACCGGUGCUGGCUCACGAAAAAGUAAGCAGCAAUGGACAUGUUGGCAAGAACAUUAAGGUCAAGAGGAAUGUAUUGGGUAAGGAAAAACUACAAAGCGAGGACUAUGCACAGGAGCUCAAGGACAUAGCUCGCGAUCUGCAAGAUGCACAACUUGCUUGGAUUAAGGACCGGAACACAAACGGAAUUUAUUUUAUAAGGACUGUGACUGAAAACUUUAAUCGCCCAAUCGACAAAGAAACAAUCGAUCAGCUGAAAGAAAUUAAGGAGCUGUAUAUGAAAAGAUAUGGGAAUCAAAUCGGAUAA